UCACGUAAAAUCGUUUUCUAGAAGUGACAAAAAUUGACCUACUAUUAUGACAACAAAAUGAAAUGUCGUGUUGAAUAAUUAAUCGGGUAGCACAUUUAUAGACUUUAUUUAGCUGUUGGAGGCUGUUAACUGUGAUUUAACUGAGUGUCUAAUGCAGAGAGGUGAGCAGCUGAGAGAGUUGUUAUUGAGCUUCCCUAAUCGGAUUAUCUGACCUGAGAGGACGUGACAUGUUCGGCGGAGGCCACUCAUUCUUCUGCCUCUUUUACCUUUUCUUUCUCUCGCUCUUUUUGUACUGAAAAUGCCUCUUUUCAUAAACCGGGACCGAAUAUUUGCUCAUCAGGUCCAUCUGCUGGAGCACAAGCUGAGGAGCAAAGAAGAGCGAAUACUAGAACUGGAGACGCAGAAUGCGAUUCUUCAUUUAAGGCUUGCAGAGUGUCUGGAGAAGCUGCAUCAUGAACAUGAAGAGGAGACCGUGGCCCAGAACCUUCAGCUGCAGCAGAGAAAUGCACAGGACUUAACCCGAACAGCUCUUGUCAAACUCCUGUCUGAGGUCCAGGUUUUGAAACAGGACCUGAGUGAGGUAUUUGCAGUGUUUGUGAGUUUUUCCACCGAGCUGGAGGAGCAGAGCAAGCAGCUACUGGAGAAAGUAGAACGAGCCAGCAUUUCCCUAAAUGGUCACCAUGGUGACAAUGUCCAGGACCUGCAGGCCCGUGUUGCAGCUCUGGAGCGCUCUCUGGAGGAGGAGAAGGAGCGGUCCGGGGCCGAGAGGCAAAGGAGGAAAGAAAUUCACAACACGCUGGUGGAGCUGAGAGGGAACAUCAGAGUUCACUGCAGGGUGCGACCAGUUCUACCUUUCGACAAUAUCCAGUCCUUGACGUCUGGGUCUAGGCCUGCAUCAUCAGAGCAAGUGGUCUAUGCGAUUAGUGAUGACACAGUGAUGGUGAAUUGCCAGAAGCCAGGGAUGUCGGUGCAAAACAGGAUUUUUGAGUUUGAGAGGGUGCAUGGACCAGAGGAUUCCCAGGAUGUUGUAUUUGAGGAAGUCAAGCCCCUCCUUACAUCCCUACUGGAUGGCUAUAAUGUUUGCAUCAUGGCGUAUGGACAGACAGGGAGUGGAAAGACUCACACCAUGAUGGGAUCCCGUUUGCCAGAAGAAAACUCAACAACACAGCAGGAUGCACAGCAGGGUAUUAUCCCCAAGGCUGCUGCUGAGCUGUUUCGGCUGAUUUCAGAGAAGCCUGAACCCAGCCACACAGUGGAGGUGUCAGUGAUAGAAGUGUACAACAAUGAGUUGUUUGACCUGCUGGCUAAAGAUGAGCAGGGAAACGUGGUCGGCCAGCGCAGGGACGUCAUCACCACCUCCUCUGGUACCAGCCAGGUCCCGUCCCUGACAUACGAGCCAGUGUGUAACGCCUCUGAGGUGAUGCAGAUCAUCUGCACCAUUCUGAAACUCAGGACUCGUUGUCCCACCCUGGUCCACGCUGAAUCCUCACGCUCUCACCUCAUUGUUACGCUCACUAUAUCCUCCAAGAGUCCCAAUGCACUGGCCCUGACCCGCAGGUUACAGAGUGCCAAGAAGGACAUGCUGCACUCCACCAUGAAGGAUAGGUGGAGUCCUCGUUGUCGCCGUGCCAACCCCGCUGCCCAAAACUCACUCUCCACAAGCCCCGCCUCCUCUCCCUGCCUUUCACCGCUGGAUUCCCCGUGUCCUUCCCCCCGGCAGAGUAUCUCACAGACUCCAUUCAGGACGAGGCUGCAGCUGGUGGAUCUGGCAGGGAGUGAGUGUGUUGGUAUGUGUGGAGCCACAGGUGGUGCACUGUGGGAGGUGUCCUGUAUAAACCGCAGCCUUUGUGCUCUGUCUGACGUCCUGGGAGCUCUGGCCGAGCAUAGGCCUCACAUCCCGUACAGGAAUAGUAAACUGACUCAUCUACUUCAGGAUUCUAUAGGUGGGGAUGCCAAGUUGUUGGUGAUGCUGUGUGUGUCUCCCACGCAGCGCUUCAUCAGCGAGUCCCUGCAGUCUCUGGGACUGGGUACCCGGGCCCGUCAGGUCCAGAAGGAGCCACCUCGAAGGAAGAGCAACACCCUCAAAGUUAAGUGACGAAACUGAGACAGAUUUCUUGAUUUUUCAAAUGCUGCAGCAGCGUAAACCCUUCAUCAGUCAGACCAACAGAGCAGAUGUGAGUCUUUCAGAUGACGUAUGAGUUGUUACCUGAAUAUUAACUGUAUAAUUGUAUCAGUGAGAUGGAAUUGAAAAAGUGCUGAGCCUUAUAUGAGAAAUGACUAUAACUUACAGCAUUUACUAGACAUUUUUUACUUAUACAUAUAUUAUAUUUGCUAUUUUUAUUAAAGGGGGGAUAAUGUGGUUUUGACCGCAUUGAUUGUAUUUGCUUUUAAUUAAAUCGUUGUGUUCCAAUGUAAAACAGCUGCAGAAUCAAACAUUCUUGUGUCAUUAAUCCUGGCAGUUGUUUUAAGGCUGAUAAUUAAGUGCAAAUGUCCUCUUAUCCAACACCAGUAUUCAGACGAUGAAAAUAGUGAAUAGUGUCAUAUUGUAAAGCAAUAGUGUUUUUUCUGAGGUGAUGUA